AUGGAUUCAUUUCUUAUCAGCCAAGAGUCUGGACAUCCCAUUGAAAAAGAUUUCGCCUUCAAUAACAAUGUCGCUAAUGCGCAUGUAACAGUUCGACUAAGAUUUUUACGAAAAGUCUACGGUAUUCUAUUCACACAACUUUUACUCACUUCAUUAUGUGCUGGAACAAUGAUGAUUUUAAAACCUGUUCUAUUGGAUAACCUUCGACAGAAUACAUGGUUACCAAUUAUACUUAUUAUAAGUACAAUCGGAAUUCUAUUGGGAUUAAUGUGGAAAAGACAGGAAACACCAACUAAUUUUAUAUUAUUAUACUUAUUUACUAUAUGUGAAUCUAUACUCGUCGGAUAUGCAGUGAUUACAUAUUCUGCAACUGUUGUACUUCAAGCAUUUAUAUUAACCACCUUAGUUGUUAUGUCUUUGAUGUUGUACACACUGAAUUCCAAGAAAGAUUUCAGUAAAUGGGGUGUAGGAUUAUCAGUUGCUUUUCUCAUUUUACUAUUAGUUGGACCCAUUAACUUAUUUCUAGGUUCAUCAUUAUUGGAGUUAUGUAUGGCAGCCGGUGGUGCUUGCCUAUUCAGUUUAUUCAUAGUUUAUGAUACUUGGCGAAUAAUGCAUCAUUGUUCACCGGAAGAAUACAUUAUGGCAUGCGUUGAUUUAUACUUGGAUAUAUUAAAUCUGUUUAUGUAUAUUUUAAGAUUUCUAAAAGAACUACAACAUAAUCAAGGCUAA